CGCUGUUGCCUUUGCCCGCUGCGCUUGCGCGUCCGCGGAAGGGGACGACGACGCGUCCCCGUGUCCUCCCCUUCCCCGAUAAAAAGGCCGGGCGCCUCUCGUUCAUUCCUCGCUCCUCGCCGAUCACAACCGCGCCCUCCCCCCAAUCCCCGAUUCGCGAGCUCGUCCGCGCCUCCCGGCCUCUCCUCCCCACCCCCACCCGCCGCCCCUCCGAGAAGCGAAGCGAAGCUCCGGGCCGCGCCACCGCGCAGGCAGGCACCCAAGGCAGCAGGCGCGGGUUCCUUCCGCCAGGUGCGCGGGUAGGCGGCGGCAUGGCGCAGCGCGACAAGAAGGAGGAGCCCACGGAGCUCCGGGCGCCGGAGAUCACGCUCUGCUCCAACAACUGCGGCUUCCCGGGGAACCCGGCCACGCAGAACCUCUGCCAGAGCUGCUUCUCGGCGGCCACGGCGUCGAUGUCGUCGUCGCCGACGUCCUCCUCGUCGUCCUCCUCGGCCCCGGCGCCGGCCGCGCCGCCCCAGCCGAGACCGGCGCCGGCGGAGCUGGCCUCCCCCGCCGACGCGGCCGUGGCGGCCCCGGCUCCGGAGGCCGCGAAGGCGCCGGCGAGGACGUCGGCGAACCGGUGCUCGAGCUGCCGGAAGCGGGUGGGGCUGACGGGGUUCCGGUGCCGGUGCGGCGAGCUGUUCUGCGGCGCGCACCGGUACUCGGACCGGCACGGCUGCAGCUACGACUACAAGGGCGCCGCCAGGGACGCCAUCGCCCGGGAGAACCCGGUGGUGCGCGCCGCCAAGAUCGUUAGGUUCUGAUCGACGACGGAGUCAAAAUUCCUCCAUCCAUCCACAGGAUCAAGCAAGCGAGGAAGACAAAGAGGAAGCACACAUCCACGGAAAUGGAAGGCCUUUUCCCUUGGUGUUACUAUGCUGUUCUUCGAAGCGUUUGAUUUUCAAUCUCCUUUUUCUUUUUACGAUUUCUCAAAUGGAAGAAAAAAUGGGAGGAAAAGAGGUGGACAAGGAAUAGUGUAAUAAUAAUGGGGGCAAUGAGGCCGCGGCGGUGGUUGAGAGCAAAAGGAUCAACGCAAUGGAUUGGGUGUAUGUACCUGUCACACGCAAGCUUUGUGCAAAAACUAUUAUACAUUUCUAUCUCCGUCGA